CUGGCCUGUGUCUUGACUCUCCUACUGGACAGAAUGGACAAUGACCAGCGCCUGACUGUUCCUCUUGUCGUUGGUGCCAUCAAGACUAUCCGUCCUCAAGUUAUCCCAACAGUGGUAAUCUUAAAUUUUAAACAACGAUCUUAACAUAACAAAUGAUUAUAAAUAAGACUGUUUAGUUAUAUGAAGGUACGAAAUAGUCAACGGUUAAUAUAUAAAGUAUGAAAUUUAAUCAUAAUUUCACAUCAAAUGCUGAUUAAUGGGCUUAUUAAAAAUAAACGUUUAAUAGCGCAAGACUUCUCUAAGCCAAUUUGAUUAGAUCAAUUAGUUUUAUUAGUUUUUUUAUCAUAAGUUCAUAAGUAAGUUCAAAAUUUUAUUUUUAACCUUAAUGAUUUGCUCGACGGCUUAACACUGAUCACACAUUAAAGGAAAUUGCUUUUGUCUGUUUUAAAGAAAUGAAUUUUAUCAUUUAAAUCUUUCAUUUACAUCAAAAAAUGGAACGGGUCCAUACUUGAAAUUAAAUUGAAACAUUUCGUUUUAGAGCAAUGCCAUACGUCAAAUAAAAGUAUUUAUUCUAAGAAAGGCAUUUUAUUACUUUUUAACAUGAUUAAUAAUUUUAUAAUUCAAAUAUUUAAAAAUUUUAUAAAAUUUAAAUAUACCGCUUUUCUAAAGAAAUAUCUCCCAUUUUAGAUUUUAACCAAUUAAAGUAUUUUUGAGUCUUGUGCGUUAUUUAAAUAUCAAUGUGUCAUAAAUUGUAUUGUCUUUAAGUAUAUAACUUAGAUUAAUCAAAAUUUUUGAAUGUUUAAGAUGAUCCUUUGAAGUUUCUAAAAAUUUCUAGAUGGUCGUAUAAGUUUAUUGAAGCGUAUGCAUGAGUCCACAUAGCUAUGUAAAUGUUUUCGACUUUAAGGAAAUAUCUAGGCAUCAAGUGAGAAACGUUAAGAUCAUUUGUUUAAAUUUCCGUGAACUUUUGGUAUGAUUUGAUAAGUUUUUAUGAGAUGAGAGCAAAUUACCUACAGACUAAUGUGUGUAUAUAUAUCUGGAAUUUUCUUGAAUGUAGUUAAGAGACGAUGCAUAAACUCAUCUUUUUUUUAAUUUAAAGUUCGACAUGAUUUCAUGAAAAACAAUAAAUUAAUGGAAAUUUUCAUAUUUAAAAAAAAAAUUAUUUAAACUUUCUGAUACUUGUUCGAUUCCAAAGUAUUCAGAUCUAUGAAAUGCUUGAAUUUUCUAGUUAUAGACACCAGUUUUAUAACUUUAUAUGGCGCUCACAAUAAUGAUAUAGACUUAUUAAGAUAAUCGUAGUAUUUUCUCAUGGACAUUUAAUAUGGUUUUGUGAGCCCAAAAAAAUUUUUUUUUAAGAGCAAGAUUGUGUGAUACAGAAUAAUUGUACCUCUUUUUUUUUUUUUUGACUAAAUUUUCUAAUGUUUCGUAUUAGAAGAUUUGUUUUAAAGACUUAGUUUCUCUAUUUUUAAAAAAAUAUACAUUAAAUUGUAAUAACAUACUUUAAAAUUAAUUACAAAUAGAUGAAGUGGAUAGUCGAACUUACUGGGUUUUUUUUUUCUUUAUAUAUAUAUAUAUAUAUAUUUUCACUACUAGCCAAAAUGUCGAAACUUUUCAUUACAUCACAAUAAUUUUAAUGAUCUGUGCAAUUUCAGGAGCAAUACAAAGUUCUUUAUCAGGUUCUCCAAAGAUAUAACGAGACAAACAGCGUUUACUCCAACUUCAAUGAUCCCAAGUUCUCAGUCCCUUCAAAUGAUGACGACAAAGACGAUUUAGGAAAUGUUGGGAAUGAAGGCGCAGAGUACGCCAAUGCAAGUCUUUAAGUGCUAAACACUACGAAAAUACUUCAUUUUUUUUAACAAUCAUAUUUCAUAAUUACUAUAUACCUUAACACCACAGAGGACAAACAUUUCUUUUGUGUUUUAUUUCCAAAAACAAUUAUUUUCUUUAAUUUGCAAGGACUGUGUAAAUAAUAAUUUUUUUUAACUAUAUGAAAUAUCAGCUCUAAUCUUAUUUUUUUUAAAAAUUAUAUGCUUGACAACUUUUUCUAGGUUUACAUUACACAGCUACACUUGAUCCCACACUUGGUUACAACAGCACCGCUCAAUAAAAGUAAUUAUGACAGUUCUUUAUUGUCAAGAUCCUUUCACAGCAAUUACCUGUCCACAAAAUGUUCUCCAUAAAACCAUCACCACACUGACAUUUGGUUUUACCAAAGGGGACUCUUGUCUCACUGACUAACGUGGAAUUGCACGUUUUCAAACAGCAACAAUGCAUCCCAUACUAGCCAUCAAUGAUAACUUCGCAAACUAACCUGCCAUAAGGUGACCAUUCGCAAUUCGCUCUCAUAAAAGAUUUCACCAACUCAUGAUCAACAAAUUUUGUACACAAGCAAUCACGAUCAGAAAUCCAGUUCAUAAAAUUGUUUUAGACUCUAAUUUGUUUGAGAUGAAGACGUUUUUCUUUUACCUUCUAGUAGGAAUUCAUUUAAAUAAUAUGGUCAACCCAAAGCACAUCACUGCAGAGCAUAGAUUUUUAAAGAAGCAAAUAUCUUUAUGGAAAUCUGUUGGCCCUUUUUCAAAAUUUAAUUUGGUGAUACAAGUAUAUCAUUUAACAUAUAACAGAAGAACGCGUCUUAUAUACUGCAUUUUACUAUGUUGAAUAAUUCAACAUUUGUUAUCUCUCUUUCAAUUCCA